UAAGCAAAUUUGCCAACUGUGCCUCGCAACGAUAAGAUAACGAAAACAUCGAUCGAGUGGUCCUCACCGUUUUCCUUGGUGAAGUCGCGACUUAAAAGAUGAGCAAAAGAAGCUAAAGACUCGGUCUUUUUUCGAUAUCGACGAAGUUGUGAAAUGGUGGAAGAACCGGACCAAGGUGAGCGAAAUGACCGCAAACCUGUGGAGCGAAACUCAAAGGACGCGGAGGAAGUCCGGGACAUGGUUUACGAUUUAUUAAAAACGAUCAAAGAUCCGGAAAAACCGAGCACCCUGGAAGAGUUAAAUGUAAUAUAUGAAGAGGGAAUUACUGUUAGACCUGAUAACAUCAAUACUAAUGUAAGGGUAGAAUUCAAUCCCACAGUGCCUCAUUGUUCAUUAGCGACAUUAAUCGGGCUCUGUAUAAGGAUUAAAUUGCAGAGGGACAUGCCGUUUCCAAUUAAACUGGAUAUUUUCAUUAAAGAAGGUGCACAUACUACAGAACAGGAAAUUAAUAAACAAAUAAAUGACAAAGAACGUAUCGCGGCUGCCAUGGAGAACCCAAAUUUGAAGGAAAUGGUAGAAAAAUGUAUUGUGGAGGAAGACUGACUCUAUUUUCAGCUGCUUUUGUACAUAUCGUUUUAAUUUUUAACAAAAAUAAAAUAAAU